AUGAUUCGAAAACGAUGGACUGUGCCUAUGGUUACUUUAGGGGAGUUUGACGCUGUCGAAGGACCAAAGGCAAUUAGUGUAUUAGAGUUUUACGCUUAUCAGGAAAAUGAUUUGUUUGGGCCUCAAUUUUUAGAUUUUUCUGCAGUAUGUGGUAAAGUAUUGAUCAGUUCCAAUGUAGUUAGUGGUUCUUUACAUCUAGAUUUAAAGGAGCGUAUGAUUGCAAUUAUUGCACGUGUUUUUGCUUCAAAUGAAUCAAAUGAAGAAUCGGUUAUGAUGUUGGAUCCAAUAGCAGGUGGUAUCGCUAGUGUUUCGUUUUCUUUAGAGGAUAUAAUGGCACGAGGUAAGAAAAGACGUUUUUGUUUGAUAGUGACACAUCCUGAGAGCAGUGAACUUGUGCGUCAACGACCGUUGAUUUUUUCUUUUAUUAAAGUUUUAUUGGAGAGAUGGGUUACGGCAGCAAAAGAUCUUUUAUCUAAAGAAUAUUCUUUCUGCUCUUAUUCGAAUGGAGAUCAAGGGGAUACAUGCAAGUUAUUAAUGCGUCCACUUAUGUCUUUAGUUUCUGAAAAAGAAGAAUCAGUGGAGAUUACGCUUAAACGUAUUCAUACUUUCUUUGAGUGCGCUCUUCCAGCUAUAUUUGGAUUUGAACCGUUAAAUUUUGAUGGUUUAUCCUCUGAAGCAUUACUUUUGGAGGCGGUUAAACGAUACCUUAAAGAAAAGAUAUUAUUGGUAAAUGUUUUUGAACUUGAUUUAGAAUCUUCCUUCUCUGUAGAAAAAUGUCUUUCAAUAGAUGGAGGAAGAGUUCUAUCGAUAGGACAGCCACCAAUAAUUAAACCUCUAUCUGUUUGGCUUUUACAAUUUAUUCAAGGAAAUGUUAAUGGACUAAAAGAGACAGAACUAAUUCUUCAAGCUCUUUUUACUGGAAACCAAAUUCUUGUAUGUGGAGAAAGUAGUUUUCAGUGCGCUAACAUGGUAUUUUCUUUGUCUCAGAUUUUACCAAGGCCAUUAAGACGUGUUACGGUUUAUUCAGAGGAGUAUGUUAUGCCGUAUGAAAGUAGAAUACUCAGUUUUAGUCAAAAUGUCUGUGAGAGACACUGUUUCAACAAUGCUGUAAAUCCCGAAUAUGAUUUAUCAGAAUUAAAUUUAGUUUGUAUAAACGUCAGUUCUGAGGGUAAUAUAGUUUCUGUGAAAAAGUGUAAUAAUCCUAAACAUAUUUUUAUUUUAAACAAUAACUCAUCGUUAAAGAUGGAAGAAAACUCAAUUCCCCAAAUUGUCACCAGGAUUAUGGAUCUGUUCCGAUCCCAAAAAUGUGAAGAAAUUAUUGUCAAAAGGUGCAAAGUACUUCAAUUACAAAUAGAAUCUUUCGUGAAUAAAUACGUGAUGCAGGGUUUUAUAUACAGUAAAUUAUUUCAGCAGUAUCAAGUGGAAUGCAAUAAGGGUAUAUUGGGUGUAAACACAACCAAAGGUUCGAACGAUUUCUCAUUUAGUAGCCCCGCUCGCGUAAUAAAGAACAUGUUCUAUGAUAACGUUUGGUAUCCAAAGCGAUGGGAUUCAUCAACCUCUUCAGUGAUAAAAACUGGACAAAUUGCCAAAAGCAAUAUACCCUCUUUCUUAAAGUCUUUAAAAUCUAAGGGUUUUGGUUCAUGGGCCAUAUCAAUUGCUGAUCACGAGGUAAUGCUUUUUCUUGGAAGCGUAUCCAAUAGUUUAUAA